AUGGCGAACAAGGUGAAUACAUAUUGGAAAAAUGUCCUCAUUAUUGUGCCAAUCAUCGGGGCCGUGGUGGCGACUAUCAUCUACCUGUUACGCCUCUACUGCAGGCGCAUGAAAGCUCUGGGGCUUCUACUGGAAGAUUAUCUGAUGGGCACUGGUUUGAUCAUCUCUUAUUGUGCUACAGCUUUUGUGAUCGACACCGCUUUCAAUGGCGUCGGCCUACACGUCGCAACACUGCCCAAACAUGAACAAAUGCGCAUUCAAUUUGGAUCUUGGAUGAUACAGAAAUUCUGGGCCCCCUCAAUGGCCUUCGUCAAGAUCUCGAUCGUCGUUUUUAUUAAACGUCUCUUUGGCUCCAUUCGCGCAUACACCAUUAUCUCCUACUGUUUGAUCGGAUUCAUCAGCCUAUGGGCCCUCGCCGCACUAUUGGUCAAUACCUUCCAAUGCAUACCGGUGCAAUACUAUUACGAUAAAGACUUGGAUGGACACUGCAUGAAGGGACAGGUUCAUUUCUUCCAGGCCAUGGGAUCAAUCGCAUUAGUAGAAGACGUCAUCAUUCUUUGUCUUCCUCUUCCUGUUUUCUGGAAGUUGAAGAUCAACAAGCGACAAAAGAUCGCGUUAACAAUGGUCUUUUCUCUCGGUGGACUCGUCUGUAUAUUCAGUCUGAUGCGCCUGAUCGAAUUUCGCAAAUUCCAACUUACAGAUCUUGCCUCAUCCAGCGCUAAAGAAUCAAUUUGGACCUGCCUCGAACUCGACGUGGCGAUUAUUUGCGGCUCCCUCCCACUCCUAAACCCACUAGUGCAGGGCCUACGCAGUAAAAGCGGCGGCUCGAAAUAUACCUCCCAGCCCUACACCGGAUCCAGCCAUCACCUACAAUCAAUGCGGGGGAAUAAAACCGGAUUUCGAGAACUUGGAAGUGAUCGCGAUCGCACAGUGUCAACGAUAUCAAAGGGUGGUAAUUGUACGGCUGGGAAAAGUUGGGGGAGUUCUGAUAUCGAAAGUAAUAGGCAGGAUGGAGAUGGGACGUCUGAUAUGGGUAGUAUUGAUCCGGUGAUCAACCAUAGGGAUCCGGAAUAG